AUGUCCAAUUUAGCAGAGAUAAUCUCCACGCAGAACAGACUUGAGGAGAACAUCACAAAAAAGUUCAAUGACCACCAAGCUCAAAUCUCAAAUGCGGGGUCUUCAAAGGAUACUGUUUCAAAGGUUGCUGAAGAACUGCGUCAAUUCAGAGAGAUCAUCUUUGGUAUUCUUGGUCUUCUUCGGCAGCAAAUAAGGGAGUGCAGCAAACAAGUUGAUGACAUUGAAUCAAGGAACCGUCGGAAGGCUAUCAUCAUAUCAGGAGUACCUGAGAAGGAAAACGAGGAUUGCAGCCAAUUGAUUCUGGAUGUCUUCAAUAACAAGUUGGGCCUGAGCGACAUAUCAAAGUCAGCACUUAAAGUUUGCCACAGGCUCGGAUUACCCGGUAAACAACAUCAUCGACCUAUUUUAGUUCGAUUUUCAAGUAUAGAUAUCAAGUCAACAGUAUGGAAGGCGAAGACAAAGCUCAAAGGUUCCAGCGUGUCACUCAAGGAAUUUUUGACAAGAGCCAGGCAAGCAGUUUUCGCAAAAUCCCGGCUCCAUUUUGGAAUGCGUUCUGUCUGGACGCAGGGGGGUGUCAUAGUCAUCAAAGCACCAAGUGGAAGCAACUACAGGAUCACCACUGAGGAGGAGCUGGCACCUCUAACCACUAAAUAUCCAAAGACGCCUGGGAGGUCUUCGAUGAACUCCGGUGACAGUAAAUCC